AUGGGUCGAAUUCCAUGUUGUGAAAAGGAGAAUGUGAAGAGAGGACAAUGGACUCCCGAAGAAGACAACAAAUUGGCUUCGUACAUUGCUCAACAUGGCACUCGUAAUUGGCGUCUCAUCCCUAAGAAUGCUGGGCUGCAGAGAUGUGGGAAGAGCUGUAGGCUACGAUGGACGAACUAUUUGCGUCCUGAUCUGAAACAUGGACAGUUCUCCGAGGCUGAAGAACACAUCAUUGUCAAGUUUCACUCUGUUCUUGGUAACCGGUGGUCGUUGAUUGCGGCGCAGCUUCCUGGUCGGACAGACAACGAUGUGAAAAACUAUUGGAACACGAAGCUGAAGAAGAAGUUAUCGGGAAUGGGAAUAGAUCCGGUCACACACAAGCCAUUCUCGCACCUAAUGGCAGAGAUUACCACUACUCUCAAUCCUCCUCAGGUUUCUCACCUCGCCGAAGCUGCCCUCGGUUGUUUCAAGGACGAGAUGCUUCACUUGCUCACCAAGAAGCGCGUUGACCUAAACCAAAUCAACUUCUCACACCCUAACGCUAACCCUAACCCUAACAACUUUAACCAAAUGGUUGAUAACGAAGCUGGUAAGAUGAAGAUGGAUUGUUUGGAGCAUGGGAAUGGGAUUAUGAAACUAUGGGACAUGGGGAAUGGAUUCUCCUACGGAUCAUCUUCAUCUUUUGGGAAUGAAGAGAGGAAUGAUGGAUCCGCGUCACCUGCGGUUGCGGCGUGGAGGGGUCACGGAGGGAUACGUACGGCGGUGGCUGAGACGGCGGCUGCGGAGGAGGAGGAGAGAAGGAAUUUGAAGGGAGAGGUGAUGGAUCAAGAGGAGAUUGGAUCUGAAGGAGGAAGAGGAGAUGGAAUGAUGAUGAUGAGGAGCCAUCAUCAUCACCAACAACACCAUGUGUUCAAUGUGGAUAAUGUCUUGUGGGAUCUACAAGCUGAUGAUCUUAUUAAUCAUAUGGUUUGA